AUGGCGUCGGAGAAAGUCGAGACCAUUGUUGCAGGGAAUUACAUCGAAAUGGAGAUCGAAGAGGACUCAAAGGUCUCUAAGAGCAAGCUUUCGAGGUACUUCUGGCAUGGCGGCUCGGUCUAUGAUGCAUGGUUUAGCUGUGCUUCUAACCAGGUGGCUCAAGUGCUGCUCACACUGCCAUACUCAUUCUCCCAGCUUGGGAUGGUGUCGGGGAUCCUCUUUCAGCUGUUUUAUGGGCUGAUGGGGAGUUGGACUGCUUAUCUUAUCAGUGUGCUCUAUGUGGAGUACAGAACUAGAAAAGAGAGACAGAAAGUGGAUUUCAGGAACCAUGUCAUCCAGUGGUUUGAAGUCCUCGAUGGGCUUUUGGGGAAGCACUGGAGGAACAUAGGUCUGUUUUUCAACUGCACAUUCCUUCUUUUUGGAUCAGUGAUUCAACUAAUUGCAUGUGCAAGCAAUAUUUAUUACAUCAAUGACAGCCUUGACAAGAGGACUUGGACAUACAUCUUUGGUGCCUGCUGUGCUACAACAAUCUUCAUCCCCUCCUUCCACAAUUACAGAAUCUGGUCCUUCCUAGGCCUCCUCAUGACCAGUUAUACUGCAUGGUAUCUAACGAUUGCUGCCUUGCACCAUGGGCAGGUGGAAGGUGUGAUCCAUUCAGGUCCAACCAAGAUGGUUCUAUACUUCACUGGAGCUACCAACAUCCUCUAUACCUUUGGAGGCCAUGCUGUCACAGUAGAGAUCAUGCAUGCAAUGUGGAAACCACAGAAAUUUAAGCUCAUAUAUUUGAUGGCAACCUUGUAUGUGCUGACACUCACCCUACCCUCGGCUGCUUCAAUGUAUUGGGCCUUUGGUGACAUGCUCCUUGACCAUUCCAAUGCCUUCUCUUUGCUCCCAAGGUCUGGAUUCAGGGAUACUGCUGUUAUUCUUAUGCUCAUACAUCAGUUUAUAACCUUUGGAUUCGCAUGCACUCCUCUAUACUUCGUGUGGGAGAAACUGAUCGGAAUCCACGAGACAAAAAGCAUGUUCAAGAGGGCACUUGCGAGGCUUCCCGUGGUGAUACCGAUAUGGUUCCUCGCAAUCAUAUUCCCCUUCUUUGGCCCCAUCAACUCCACCGUCGGUUCCCUGCUUGUCAGCUUCACUGUUUACAUAAUUCCAGCCAUGGCACACAUGAUAACCUUCGCUCCUGCCGCUGCUAGAGAGAAUGCUGUGGAGAGGCCCCCAUCAUUUUUGGGAGGCUGGGCUGGUCUCUACUCUGUGAAUUGCUUUGUUGUGGUGUGGGUUUUGGUGGUGGGGUUUGGAUUUGGAGGGUGGGCAAGUAUGCUUAACUUCAUCCAACAGGUGGAUACAUUUGGUCUGUUCACCAAAUGCUAUCAAUGCCCUCCUAGGCAUUAGGGAGAUUUGUCACCCUACUCACCAAAAUAUUGAGGGAAAAGAAAAAGGAAUGAAGUUAUGCGUGUGUUUCAAGUAUUGGCCUACUUUUAUGUUGUAUUUAUCCUCUAAUGAAAUGCAACUCCAAUCGAAAAGUCUGUAUUUUAUGUCUCUCCUCUUUCA